GUGUUGCGUAGGAAUAAAAGUUCAGGGCUUGAAGUUUGAAGAGUUUGGGGCUCUCUCUCUCUCUCCUCUUUCACUUCUCUCUCUCGCUCUAGGGUUUUGGGUUUUCCGACAUUAUUAAAUAUGCAGCUUACACUUGAGUUCGGAGGGGGAUUGGAGCUUCUUUGUGACUCUAAGAAGAUUCAUAAUGUCAAUAUUGAGCAACACAAUGGAGAAGACGAGUUAACCAUGAAAGAUUUGCUUUCUUGGGUACGGACGAACUUGAUUAAGGAGAGGCCUGAAAUGUUCAUGAAAGGAGAUACUGUGAGACCUGGUGUUCUUGUCCUUGUGAAUGAUUGUGAUUGGGAGCUAAGUGGUCAACUGAACACAACACUGGAAGAGAAAGAUGUGGUGGUUUUUAUAUCAACCCUGCAUGGUGGGUAGGGUUUAGGUGUGAUCAAAUGCUUGAUGAAGCAAAUAUUAUCAAUUAUUAAAAACA